GGUUGAGCGCCGCGAUUGGACAGAGCUUUUAAAGUUUCGUCAGGCAGGUAAGGCAGGUAGGGCAGUCAGCGACCCGCUACCCCACCACUACCUGGUAGUACCUAGUAGAAGCUUCGCAAACGUUCUACAACAAACUCGAAGCUUCCUAAACGUCUGAUGAUGUAGCCAAAGCCUGGUUGGAACCUGCGAGGAACCUAUUGAACCUAUUAGGAACUUGCUAGGAACAUAAACAGAUGACCAGAAGUGCCUGGAUACCUGAAGUAAGCACGAGUAGAUUUCUGAAACCAUUUCCUGUUUCCGUCAUCAUCGCAUGUUUCCUCUCCACUUCUACUUUUCUAGUUUUCCACCAAGCAAGAUAAAUACAAACCUUCAUAUCUUGACUCUUACCAUCGUUCUUCUUCUUUUUCUUCACUUGAUUUCAUUAGACACAGAUCGACUGUUCAUAUUCAUUGAUACCCCAUUAUUACGAUUACUUCAUUUCAGAACAAAAGGCAGAGCCUGAUACAUUACGGGUUCUUUCAUAACAUAAUCAAACCAUUCUAUCCAACACUCUACAUAUUCAAUAUCGAGCUCUACACACAUCCAUCCCACUGAGCCACCGAUACUGAUAGAAAAAAUACCACACUCACAAUGACUUCACGAAUGGAGUUCACAGACCGGGGCAAGAAGGCCCUGGAGGAUGCUAUGGCAUUAGCCGAACAAUAUGCUCACUCCCAGCUACUGCCAAUCCAUCUCGCUGUCUCUCUUCUGGACCCUCCGCCUGAUCCUUCCAAGGACCAACAAAAUGCCGUACCAGGCACUACUCAUAGUCUCUUCAAGCAAGUAGUUGAGAGAGCCCAUGGCGACCCGCAACUUCUUGACAGAGCCCUCAAGAGGAUAUUGGUCCGUCUGCCGAGUCAGGACCCUCCGCCGGAGACCGUAUCUAUGUCACCUACCUUCAACACCAUUCUCAGGAAGGCUCAGGAGCUGCAGAAGACGCAGAAGGACACUUACAUCGCAGUCGACCAUCUCAUUACUGCGCUUGCCGAAGAUGCAACCAUCGCUGGCGCUCUGAAAGACGCCAAUAUCCCCAAACCCAAGCUAGUUCAAGAGGCUGUUCAGACCAUCCGCGGGACGAAGAGGGUGGACUCGAAAACUGCCGACACCGAAGAGGAGCAUGAGAAUCUUGCCAAGUUCACUAUCGACAUGACAGCCAUGGCAAGGGAAGGCAAAAUGGACCCUGUCAUUGGCAGAGAGGAGGAGAUUCGACGAGUUAUCCGAAUCCUCUCGCGGCGAACCAAGAACAACCCCGUACUAAUUGGUGAACCCGGUGUGGGUAAGACUACCGUCGUCGAAGGCUUGGCUCAACGGAUCGUCAAUGCCGACAUCCCCGAUAACCUUGCCGCCUGCAAACUGCUAUCUCUAGAUGUCGGUGCUUUAGUUGCUGGAAGCAAGUACCGUGGUGAAUUUGAAGAAAGAAUGAAGGGAGUUUUAAAGGAAAUCACCGAGUCUAAAGAGAUGAUCGUUCUAUUCGUUGACGAAAUCCACCUACUAAUGGGCGCGGGAGCUUCUGGUGAGGGUGGCAUGGAUGCCGCCAAUCUGCUCAAGCCUAUGCUGGCUCGUGGACAAUUACACUGCAUUGGUGCUACUACCCUUGCCGAGUAUCGAAAGUACAUUGAGAAAGACGCUGCUUUCGAACGACGAUUCCAACAGGUUAUAGUAAAGGAACCCUCUAUCCCUGAGACUAUCUCCAUUCUUCGAGGUCUCAAGGAGAAGUACGAAGUUCACCAUGGUGUGAGCAUCGCCGACGCUGCCAUCGUCGCUGCCGCGAAUCUGGCUGGCCGAUAUCUCACUUCCCGUCGCCUACCGGAUUCUGCAGUUGACCUGGUCGAUGAGGCCGCCGCAGCUGUCAGGGUUGCCCGAGAGUCCCAACCCGAGAUUAUCGAUUCUCUGGAGCGUAAAUUACGCCAACUUAGGAUUGAGAUCCAUGCUUUGUCCCGAGAGAAGGAUGAUGCCUCCAAGGCUCGGCUCCAAGUUGCCAAGCAAGACGCAGAGAACGUUGAAGAGGAAUUGAGACCGCUCCGAGAAAAGUAUGAGCGCGAACGAAAGCGCGGAAAGGACAUUCAAGAGGCGAAGAUGAAGCUUGAUCGGCUCAAGGUAAAGAUGGAGGAUGCAGCCCGAAUGGGAGAUCACGCUGCAGCUGCAGAUCUCCAAUACUAUGCCAUUCCCGAACAAGAGAGCGCUAUUAAAGAGCUCGAGCGCCAGAAGGCCGCUGCUGACGCCGCUCUCAACAAUAACGACACGGGUGGCUCCAUGGUCACAGAUGUUGUGGGACCAGACCAGAUUAACGAAAUUGUCUCUCGCUGGACUGGCAUUCCCGUCACAAGGCUCAAGACUUCGGAGAAGGAAAAGCUCAUUCACAUGGAGAAGGCUCUCGGAAAGAUCGUUGUCGGACAGAAGGAAGCUGUCCAGGCCGUCUCCAACGCCAUUCGUCUGCAGCGAUCUGGACUUAGCAAUCCCAAUCAACCACCCAGCUUCCUCUUCUGCGGUCCGUCCGGAACUGGCAAGACUCUGUUAACCAAGGCUUUGGCAGAGUUCUUGUUUGAUGAUCCGAAGGCAAUGAUACGAUUUGACAUGUCCGAGUACCAGGAACGUCAUUCUCUAAGUAGGAUGAUUGGCGCACCACCUGGAUACGUCGGACAUGAUGCCGGUGGACAGUUGACCGAGGCCCUCCGUCGGAAACCGUUCUCUAUCCUGCUAUUUGACGAAGUGGAGAAGGCUGCCAAGGAAAUAUUAACCGUCCUCUUGCAACUCAUGGACGACGGUAGGAUUACAGACGGUCAAGGUCGUGUCGUGGACGCAAAGAAUUGCAUCGUGGUCAUGACUUCGAACUUGGGCGCAGAGUACUUAGCUCGGCCGGCCGGUAGGGACGGAAAGAUCGACGCCACCACUCGGGAGUUGGUCACGACCGCGCUGCGUAACUACUUUUUACCCGAAUUCCUCAACCGUAUCAACUCUACCGUGAUCUUCAACAGACUUACAAGACGUGAGAUCCGCAGAAUUGUUGACCUGCGACUUUCUGAGAUCCAGAAGCGGUUGGCAGACAACGACCGCAACGUCUUCAUCGAGGUCACGGAAGAGGCUAAGGAUUACUUGGGUAACGCGGGAUACUCGCCUGCGUACGGUGCUAGGCCACUGGCUAGACUAAUCGAGCAAGAAGUUCUCAACCGUCUAGCUGUUCUGAUCCUCCGGGGAAGUAUCAGAGACGGUGAAUCCGCUCGUGUCGUAAUGGUAGGUAACAAGAUACAAGUCUUGCCUAACCACACAGACAGCGAAUUGGAUGAUGAUGAAGACAUGUUAAUAGAUGAGGAAGACGCGGUGGAGGAUAUCAUUGCCGAUGGCAUGGAUGAGGAUAUUUAUGACGAUUAAAGUGAUAAUACGGUAUUAAAUAUUAGGUUCACGAGUAAUAAAAAAUAAAACUUUUAAUUAAUAAAAAGUAACAUUAAAUUCGCAAUAAAAA